AAUUUGUGUUUUGUGACCCUAACCUCAAGUGUACAAUAUGAUACUGUAUUUGUGUUCUGUGUAUGAUACUAUAAUAAUAUAAUAGUCAUAAUUCUUUUUAAAAAGCCUCCAAUUUUCAACGCAGAUACUGCCAAUAUAAAUUAAUAGAAGAAAAAUAACAAAACUCAAUGGCGCUAAAAUCUGCCCAAGAAGCCCUAGCAAUCGGUAGCAGAUUGUGCCAGCCCCUUUUCUUACAAAAAUUAGCUUCCUUCCAUAACAGCCCCGUUUCUCAUGCAUGGAGUAACAAUGACUCUGAGGGCCCCAAGAAAUGGCUUGACUUAAACAAAAAGAUUUACCCACCUCAAAAGCCUGAUGAAGAUCCUAGACCAGCAUAUGUUUGCCAUCAAAGAACUAACAUAAAGUACAGCCCAUGGAAGAUGUGGUAUAUUGCAACUUUAGUGAGGGGCAUGUCAGUGGAUGAGGCCAUUAAACAGCUGAAAUUUAUACCAAAAAAGGGUGCAAAGGAUGUCAGGGAAGUAAUAGAGGAGGCAAAGGAAUUAGCUUUGAAGGAACAUAAUGUGGAGUAUCCAAGUAAUAUGUGGGUUGCUGAAUCUUUUGUUGGCAAAGGGGUAGUUAUAAAGGGGAUGAGGAGGCAUGGACGACAAAGGUUUGGUAUUGUGGAGUACUUUCAUUGUCAUUAUUUUGUCAGGCUGGAAGAAGGUGAACCUCCUGAACAUUACUAUGCAAGUCAUCCCAAACAACCACAUGAAAUGUUAGAAGCCUGGUUAGAACAAAUGAGAAAAAGAAAAGUCACCAAUUCUCUUUAAUUUUUUUUAUAUUAAAUAUUUACGUUUAUAACAAAAUAAAGUAGUGCCUAAUAAGUUAAAACUUGAUAAAA